UUACUCCCCAGCCGUCGUCACAUCCCUCUACGACACGUUCCCGUGCUCCCAGGUGAAACGACGACAGCAGCGCCCGUUGUACGGCGCCGCUGCGGGGAGUCGCCGGAGGCAGGAUCCAGUGCGCGGGGGUGGAUUCGAUUCGCGCCCAAAGAACGGGCGGCUCAAGGUCGAUGCGACCCGGGAGCGCAAGGCAACUGCGGCGCAAUCGCGGAAGGAUGCGGCAGCGCCGAUGCGGACGGUCCAUGGAAGUGCUCGGGCACCGGAGCAGAGCAGUUCGGGAUGGGCUGCGCGUGUGCCGGAGCAGAGGGGUUCGGGAUUUAGCACGGCUACUCCACCAAGGUCCUUCACCGACGGCAAUUGCUUCUUCAACGGCAGCGCCGGCGGCUUCCUCGGCAGCGGCAGACAAAGCCCCGUCGGUCAACCAUGGAAUUCUCAAUCUUCAGAUCCUGCAACUUGGGGAAACAAUGCAACACCUCCUGGAGGCUUCACAAAUUUUAUCCAGCCUAACGUGUCUCAACAUUUUAAUUUUGUUGGAGAGCCUUCUCAGUUUGCCCCAUUCAAGGCGCCACGGAGUACGCAAGAUUUUCAGUCUGAAGAAGAAUUCUCGACUCCUAUUUUCGCAAGGGACAACCCGUUAAUGUUGACAGCGGUGAUGAGACACCGAGAACUGAGAAGUGAAUCUUUUGGACUCAAGAAGAAGAUGUUAGGAUGGAAGAAUGAGCAAUACUGGGCUGAUGUUGAGGCUAUGUACAAUGAGACUACACCAAGUCAUAGGAGGAGAAAUGCCAAGCAAAUCAAGGACCGAUUUCAUAAGGUAAAUAAGUGGACCGACCUUUUCCAUAGUGCUUGGUUGAAGGUUCGAAUGAUUUAUACAAGUGGCUAUAGUGAUCAAAUGUGGAUUGAGAAGGCCCAUGCAUUGUAUAUAAAGGACAAUGAGAGUCUCAAUCUAGGUCCGUUUGUGUUGAUGGAUGUAUGGAAUACGGUCAAGAAUGAAGCAAAGUGGGUAACAUACAAUAGUGGGCUUAAAAAAGCAAGAAAAAGAAAGGGUUCAGGCAAGGAGAAGGAAGGAGAGGAUGUUAGCCAUACAGAUGCAGAUGAACUUGAGGAACAGCCAAGACCAAUAGGGCAAAAAAAAGCUAAAAAACUGAAAUAUGCCAAAAGUAAAGAGGGGGACCAUUUAGACCUUGAGGAGCUGGAAAAAUUUGGUAAAAUACAGAGUGAAGAGCAUGCAAAUAGGCUGAAAGUCUUGGAAGUGCAGGAAAAGCUAUCAUCUGAAAAUAUCGAACAAGCCAAGCUUGCCCACCUUGCAGCAAAGGAACAAAAGGAGGCAGCUCAGAUGCAAAGGGAGGCAAGAAAAUAUGAACUCGAAACUAAGAUGUUUGAGACAUAUAACCGCCUUCUCUCAGUAGAUGUAGCAUCAAUGUCCAAUGAAGAAAAGUUAGAACAUUCAGAUACAUUGAAGUAUUUGAAGAAAAAAUUGUUUGCUGAAAAAUGAGGUGCAUCUCAAGAGUUGGAGGCUGACCAGUUUGGCGGUGGUUCUGAAAUGAUUCAGUCAAUUAUGAACUGUCAAGUGUCUUUUUUGAUCAAGUCUUUUUUUUUUGUCUAUUGUGAAUUGUUUCUUGUCAAAUAUGAACUGAGCAUGUCUGUAUGAACUGAGUAUGGUUUUUCCUAGUCAAGUAUGAAUUGAGCAUGCCUGUCCGGGGAGAACUGUGUCUUGUCAUUUUUAUUUUGCAUUCAAGUGUCGGAAGUGCCCAUUUCACUGAAGUAUCA